CUGGAAGUUCUCAUCAGUAUGGCAAUCAGCUUUCUCCAGAGCAAGGGAUCCAAGAGAAAGAGGAAGAGCAUAAAACGGAAGCCAUCCUCUUUUCAGCCCAACCUCAGAGUUGAUUGCCACAGCAACAAUCUGCUGAGAGAGAGACUGUUGAGCAUUCUCCUCCCCCAUCGCUGCCUGACUGCUGCAGACAGGACAAACCGUACCUGGACAUGUGGUCAACUGCCUCCCGGAAAACCAGGGCUGACAUCACCGGAAAACAAUUAACCCAUAGCAGACAGUUCCACGGAAGAUGAGGAGUCACAGCUGGUCCGUCCCUCCCUGGGAGGAGCAUCUUGCCUGAGGGCACAUAGAGGGUGGAGAGCCUCCUCCCUUUGCUUCAAUUGCAGAAAAGGAGGGGAUUCCCAUGCCAGAGCAAGGCUACCUAUAGCUCAGUCUCCAACAGACACGGCCUCAGAACCCAGCAGCAGCCUUGUACGCUGGACCACAAUCCCCAGGAACAGUAGAUUGACAUCUGGUUGACAGCACGCUUCAGAAACUCUGCCAGGUACAGAGAACACAGCCAUGUCUCACGGGUUUCCUAAAGAGCAGGUGGAAGAGUUCCACGCAGCCUUUGAUAGGUUUGACAAGAAUAAGGACGGCCACAUCAGUGUCCAGGAACUGGGCGAUGUGAUGAAGCAGCUCGGCAAGAACCUCUCAGAGGAAGAGCUGAAGGCACUCAUCUCCAGGGUGGACACAGACAAUGAUGGCACCAUCAGCUUUGACGAAUUCUUGGCAGCCAUGGCCAAGUACAAGAGAGGGAGCUCCGAGCAGGAGAUGCGGGCUGUGUUCAGUGUCUUUGACAAAGAUGGUGAUGGGCACAUCACAGUGGACGAGCUCAAGCAGGCCAUGACGCAGCUGGGAGAGGAGAUUUCACAGGAGGAGCUGGACGGCAUGAUCCGUGAGGCUGAUGUGGACAAGGAUGGGAAGGUGGACUAUAACGAGUUUGUGCGCAUGCUCAAGGAGAAGUGA